AACUGACACACAGUGAUCAUCUCUGCUGCCUCCCUGGUUAAAUCUGCAUGGCGAUUUAACACAGAGAUUACAUCUGCAUGAAGAGCACUGUGUUUCACCAGCAACUACACAAGUAGAUUAGAUGCCUGAUGCUUGCCUGGUGCUGGAUUAUUAGGAGGAUCAUUUCUCCAAAGCGGGAGAAGUGAUUAGACAUCAGCAUGCUGUACGUUUCUGCAUAGCGAGAGAGUUUAACAACCUCAGCUCUUUCAAUGAUUCAGUUCUUCAUGCGUUCAGUUGUGUCCUCACUGUGGUGCCUCAAGCUGAGCAGAUGGUUCUCUCCAAGGACUCCUCAACUGGUUUCACUUUCCAGUAUUCGUCAGAGCAAGAAUGAAUAUUAGCAGAGAAGGACAGCAAAUCAAUUAGGUGGAUGUCAGGUUAUCUGCAAAGUUUGGACAGGUGAAGGUGUGUGCAGUUUCAGAAAGAAGGGAGAACUUUGGAAAAAUCCCUUACCAGUGUGCUCCAGGAGAACUUGGAGAGAUGUCCAAACCUUCACGUCUGGUCAAACCCUCCAAGCAGUCCCGAAAGCAACCUCCAGGGAAUCGCUCACACAUGCUGGUCGUCGGGGAGAGGUUGAUGAGGGCUGGCAGUGAGGGCAACCUGGUGAGAUCCAGACCACCCCAGAAGCCUUCUGACACCAAUCCAGCGGGUUCCAAUCAAGAGCCAGCGAGAAGCAACCAGAGGCUGUGCUCCCAUGAGGAUGUGGACAGCCACAGCAGAAAACAAAGCAGUGCAGAUGAGAGUGAGCAGUCAGACCCCUGGUCCCCUCGCACCGUGCCAAGGAGACACACAGUAGGAGGGCUUCGCACUGCUGGGGACGUGAUUGUCAUGCAGUCCUACAACAUGGACCACAAGAAAGAGGCCUUUCUUGAGCAUUUGAAACAGAAGUAUCCUCAUCAUGCUUCUGUCAUUAUGGGGCACCAGGAAAGACUCCGAGACCAGAUCAGGAGUUCUGGACACAGUGUAACCCCUCAGUCUGCUGUAGGGGAGCCGGGGGAGCAUCUCUCUUUGGCUUUCCUUGAGUCUUUGGAGGCCAUGUCGGAGGGAGAAGCCCCCUCCGCCUUCACCCGAGGCAGCCGCUCCCGAGCGAGCCUCCCCGUGGUCAAGUCAAAUAACCAGGCCAAGGACAGGUCAUUAGGUGUCCUCUACCUGCAGUAUGGAGAAGAGACCAAACAGAUCCGAAUGCCCAAUGAGGUGACUGGUGCAGACACCAUCAAGGCUCUGUUUGUCAGUGUCUUCCCUCACCUCACUAUGAAGACACUGGAGUCCCCCAGCGUGGCUAUAUACAUCAAAGAUGACAUGAGGAAUAUGUACUAUGAGCUGACUGAUGUCAGGAACAUCACAUCACACUCUUGUCUGAAAGUGUAUCACAAAGACCCAGCCCAGGCCUUCAAUCACAACGCAAGAGCCAAUAAUGGAGAAAUUAGGAUCACAAGAGAGAGGCUCUACAGUGGCAGACAGCUGCCGGGAGGCCAAAGCCCAGUGCACACUCUGCCUCACAGUCCCAUACAUUCAGUCCAGGGCUCUAUGUCUCCUCCUACACCUCGCUCCAUGCCCUCCUCUCCUUCUAGGAUCCCUUUCAGCCUCUCUGUUGCCAUGCCUGGUGGUGCCACCUUACCCAGGGACCGUAUGUCCAACGCACCCCCAAGUCGCUCUAUCACCCCCUGCUCCAGUGCCAUCCUGGAGCGACGGGACGUGAAACCGGAUGAGGAUCUGUGCAGCAAGAGCGCUCCUUUGUAUUCAGAAGCGUACGGUUCACCUGAAGCCAGGCUCAGCGUCUCCUCAUCACAAGGCAGCCAUACUGGAGACGUCCCGGAUGGGGCGGCGUACAUCCAGCACCGCUCCUCCGUCAAGUCUGUCAGUGCGUACGCAGAUGGCCAGGAUCUGCAGCACUCCCUCUACAGACAGAAAUCUCGCAAGUACAGUGAGAGUCAGCUCGCCUCCAUGGGCUCCAAAACACCGCCUGCUUCUCCUCACAGGGUCAAUGAGGUCAGAAUGAGUGACAUGCUCCCAGGCCAGAACUCCCACAUGCCCUCACAAGGUGUGGCAGCGGAAAGAGCAUCACCUGUGCAUAGAUCUUUCCGCAAGGACAGUAAUGGGGCCGUGGAGGUGGCGACCAGGGUGAAAGGCAAUGUGGCCUCCCCUGUUUUCGCCGACCUUCAGCCCAGUCACGGAGAGAGGCCAUUUCAAGGACACGUGGCAGCCGGAGAUCCUCAGAGUAAAAGAAUAAAGGCAAUGGAGCAGCAGAUAGCCAGUCUUACUGGACUCGUUCAACACGCUCUUAUGAAAGGGCCAAAUACAAGUGCCAAAGAGACUUCCAGUGAGAAACCGGUAAAGAUGGAGUCUUUGGCACAGAAUGGUGACCCAGUUGUGCAGACAGACAGUGUUUCAGCACAGGUUCAGCCUCCUGUCAGAAACCCUGCUAUAUGCUCAAUCCUCUCCACCUUCGGGAGAAACGUCUCUGACCUCAGACUGCAGCUCCAUCAACUCAAACAGAUGCAGCUGCAAAACCAGGAUGUCAUGAGGCAGAUGCUGCGACAGGCAGAGCAGGAGAUCUCGGAGAGGUUUUCAGACAUUGUGCUGCACCUUGAGGACCCCGUUCGAAGACAACGAGUCCAGGUGGAAGAAGACAGACACGGAUAUCUGGGCAUGGAGGAGAGGGUUCUCGUACAGCUCGGAGAGCUGGAAAACUAUGUGGAGAUGCUCAAGAAAGAAUCCACCUGUGCCAUGAGCAAUCGACCAGUCACUCUGAAGGAUGUGGAGGAAGGGGCGGUCAACUUACGGAAAGUAGGAGAAGCUUUGGCUACACUCAAAGGAGAUUUCCCAGCCCUGCAGAUGAAAAUGCGUGCCGUGUUGAGGGUGGAGGUGGAGGCGGUGCGCUUCCUUAAGGAGGAGCCUCACAAAAUGGACAGCAUGCUAAAGAGAGUCAAAGCUCUGACUGACACUCUCAGUGGACUGAGAAGAUACGCCACUGAAAGCCACAACCAUACUUCUGACCCAGUCCAAGUGAAGGCGUUACCAGCUGAUUCAGUUUCCUUUGUGAAAGAGUACAGAUCUCCAAAACCUGUUUGUGAGUCCCCCACCCCACAACCAAGAUCACCUGCCAAAGUCAGCUGCUCGGAGCCCGUGCCCUCUUCUCCAGUCACUGUGCACCACAUUCAGACGGCUCCCAUCAGCACACACCACCCUAGUCCCCCGCUCACACCCACCCAUGGCAGGGACUCCCCCACUGUGGCGAAGGUCAGUCCCAGGAGCAGAGAAAACAGCCCUGCCCUGCAAAAGAGAGCAGCUCCGCAGGGCCGGGAAGCUGUGCCAGCAACCGCUGCCAUCAGCACGACUGAAUCCUCCUCACCAGAGGAGAUCUCUGUCAACACAAGCAGGCCCAUGCCUGAAGAGGUUUCAAAACAGGCAGUAGAGGAGGACAAGUUUCACUCUACUGGACUACAAGCGGAAAAGGUCAUGGAAAGGAUCCUUCAGCAGACUCAGGCCAGCCUUAUGAAGGCCAUACCUGACCUGGAAGUGAGCAAACAGGUGGACAGUGCCCCCUCCCAACCACCCAGCAUCUUGCCAGAUGAGGUGGACUCUCCACUUCCUGUGUCUCCACACCCUGAAGCCGCACCACAGGAUGGACCCAAAGCAGAUAAACCAGUCCAGACCAGUUUGGAGAGGCCACAGAAGCCGACCAUAGAGAAGCCCCACAGGGCCAGUGUUGACAGAGUACAGCCCAACCCUGAAACGGCCAGCAAAUCGCCUCCCCCUCCCCCUCCACGCAGAUUCUACCCCUCUGGAACUGGACUCACCACUGGACGUUCAGGAGAGGUGAUCUACUCCACCCGGAAAGAGUCCACCAGCGCACAGGAGGGUGAAGAGGAGGCCCCGAAGCCCAAACCCUUGCGUGUGCCCCCAGAGGUCAAGCCCAAGCCCCGCACCCCUCCUCCUGUCAACACCUCCACCUUACAAGAUGAAGAGGAUGAAGGAGAUAAGAUCAUGGCUGAGCUACAGGUGUUUCAGAAGUGCACAAAAAAAGAUUUACAGCCCAGAUAUAUUGUUGAUCUCACAUCCCGUAAGCCCUCAGACAUUGAGAUGGAGCCUGGGCUUUCCCUGUCUUACCACACAAAGCAGACCACCUCUCACCUAUCUGAAGAAGGAGCACUAUCUGAAAGUAGGGAAUAUAGUGCAACACCUGGUUCACCUGGGGUCAUGUAUUAUAUCACUGGAACAAAAACAUCAAGGCAGAGCACCUCUAGGCCAGAUGACCUAAAGGAACCCAAGGAAGCAACUUUUUCUCCUUCAAAGGUUGCACCUGAGAAUGCUUCUGACCUUUCCCAGCAGCAAAAAUGGUUAAAAUCAAAUGACUUAUCUGUAAUUUCACUUCAGACAAGCCAAUCAGUCAAGGAGGUCCAAAGCAAGCUAAAUAAUAUUCAUGAAGUGCCAUCUGGCCCAUUUAACUCUUUAAGGAACAGCACAGAAGCUGAAAAAGGGGCAUCGCUCAUUAAUCCCAAAGAGUUCAAGACUGAAUCAGUGCUGAAGUCCCUAAAGCAGGUGGUUCCCACCCCUUCAGAGAAAGUUUCACCUGUUGAGGAGAAGUUAGAGCAGCAGAUACUGCGUACAUCCUCUGAUGCACCUGUUCUGGAUAAGUCAAUAAAGCAUGGGCAUCGCACAACCACUGUUCAAGUUACACUUGUUAGCAAGUGUCUACAAAGUGCUGAACUUCAGGUUCACUCACCAGUCCAUCAGCCCAACACUGAAGCCUCAUUUUCAACACAACCGAAUAACCAUGACAAUGAGCAGAAUGUAACAAAGAGAUCAUCUGAAGAUCAGGCCAGAUACACUGAGGAGGCCAGUCUAAGUCCAGACCUCCCAGGAGAAGAAGGUCCUCCUCCACCAAAUAACAUUGCCUUCAGGAUCACUAAAACCAAGGUACAGGCUCUAUCAACUGGAGAGUACCAACAGCUGGUAAACAGUAAAGGCACAGAUGUCCAAACUCUUAAAGUGGGCUCAGAACCAACCCUAUCUGCCCCCGAGGACUCUGGAUUUGACAAGAAGCCGGUUAUCAUCAUUUUUGACGAGCCUAUGGAUAUCUGUCAGGCCUACAAGCGACUGUCCACCGUCUUUGAGUGUGAAGAAGAGCUGGAGAGGGUGCUAUCGGAGGAGAGGAUAGAUGAAGAGAACGAGGAGGAAGUGGAAGCCAACUCAAACAGUCAGGUCGGUCAGAUAACACCUAGAAGUAAUCUAGAUCAGUGCAGAACUGAGAAUAGUGUAAACAGUCAGAGAAGUAGUAGUGUUCCAGUGCCUCUACAACAGCAGAGUUCCUUUGAGAGUCCUGCUCUUACCGUUGAAGAAGGAGACAAGACAGAAUCUCCUAAAGAUGCGAAAAAGAAAUUCAAAUUUAAGUUCCCAAAGAAGCAGCUUGCAGCUAUUGGUCAGGCUCUUCGUACGGGGACAAAAACUGGCAAAAAGACACUGCAGGUAGUUGUCUACGAGGAUGAAGAGGAACCAGAUGGAACCGUGACGGAGCUCAAAGAAGCUAAAAGGUUUGAGAUCAAGUCCCACGCAGACUCUGGUUCUACCAGCCCUAGAUCUUUGUCGCAAAACCAGACCACCACAUCACAGAGCACCAAAGACAGAACUGAGGAACUCCGUAAGACUACUUAUCAAACAUUAGACAGCCUUGAGCAGACCAUAAAGCAGUUAGAAAACACCAUAAGUGAUAUUGGGCCUACGUUGGUUUCUGAAGUCUCCCGCAAGGAGGAAUCAAAAGCGAAGAGAAUGGCCAGUGAUGCAGAACCGGAGGAGGGCAGUCCCACAAAAAAGCCAGCACCUCUGAAGCCCAAACCCCACAAGUCAUCUCUGCAAAAGAGAUCCAAAACACAGUCUCGAUCCUCCUCAAGCACGUCCACUUCCUCCAGUUCCUCCAGCAGUAAACAGAACUCUGGUGACUCGUCUGCUUCGAGUCGGAUUUCCUCACCCAAGUCUCGCCAGCAGCCAGCAGGGAGUGUGGAAAAACCCGGAAAACCUCAAAAGCUCCAGGACUCCCAGAGGCAAUUCCGUCAGGCUAACGGGAGUGCUAUGAAAGCUGGUGGGAAUAGUAAACAUGCUUUCCUUGCUUUGCCUGCUUCUAAGAUCCCAGCUUUUAUACCUAGCUCAUGGAAGUGUAGCUCAACCCGUGCUGCUCGUUCUAGGCUUACUAACCAAACCUCUUCCUCUUCUUCUAAGUCCUCUAUCCCAUGUCUCAGCCUGAGCUGGCCUAGCUGUAGACCCGUCUCGCCCUCUCAGCGGCCUGAAGGUCAAAACCUAACCCUCCCUCCGCAGACUCAAAAAGGCCAGUCCUGCUCCUAUUCCUACUCAUCCUCUAGCUCAUACUCUUCCUCCUCCUCCUCUGUCUCUCCGACCUCUACUUCCUCUUCUUCAUCCCCUUCCUCUCCAUCCCUCCUGUCUCCCACUGCCAUGUGCCGGGGAGGUGGAGCUGUACACAUGCCCAGCUUCAGCAGCCGCAUGUCUCUGAAGGCCAGCAGUGGCCAAGCCACUAUCACACCAGCAUCUUUUACUGGGAACAUGGCAUGAGCUGUCCAUUUCUCUCUUUUGCUCAGUCUGGUGGUAUUUAAGGUGUAACAGAAAUAAUGAUUUAGUUAUGCUGUGUAUUUGGGGUGGUGUUAUUGUCUUUGUGCACUUCCACUGAAAUCCACAAGUGGUUCAGAGCCGCAUAUUUUGGAUUUUGUUUUGGUAUAUGUGAGGGAUUAAGCUUGACAGUGUUGGCUUUUUAUUUUAUAGAAGUGCGUUUGUUUACUUACAUGAACUAUGUAUAAUAUGCAUUUAGCCGUAUAUUAGUGGGAUCCAAAAGACUGUAGUGAUGAAAACAAAACCUUCAUAGAACCUUGAUAAAAUCUUUUUUUGUUUUGUUUUAGGAUUUUCUUAAAGGGAUCAUAUGAUGUUGCUAAAAAG